GCUCAGGCUGACACAAAACAACAAUGUAUGACGAAGAAUGAUGAAAAACAAGCAAGCUGUGGCUGGAAGCCCAAGCGCAAGUGUCUGACAUCCUGACAAGCCUUGUUGAAGCUUGAACGAACAACAAUAGUUUGACGGUCUAGAAGAGGUGGACUAGAAGUUUGAUUCAGAUUUACAACAAUUACUAGGACUCAGCACCUCCUGCUGCAUACGAUUUCUAGUACACGACGUGCGACUAUCUCUUGUUUUACUCCUCUUAUUAUCCCUCGCAAUAAAGUGUCGGUAAAUUUUUCCUCUUCAUAGGAUACAGCUCACUCUGCCCCACGAAGACUAACACUUUCGAAAAUGAACUUCAGCCACGCCCAGCAGGCCAUGUCGGCCGCCGCAAAGGAGAAGGCGGAGAAGAUCUCCGGCAGCUUUGACCCCUCCGCCCUGGAACGCGGCGCGAAAGCGCUCAAGGAGAUGGACGCGUCCGGGAACGCCGCAAAGGCGUUUGAAUUGACCAAACUCCAGGAGCAGACCAAACAAAAGGAGAUGGGGCUCGAGGUGGAGCGCAUGCGCGCCCAGCAGGCGGAGAUGAGCAUGCGCCGCGCGGAAAAGGAGGGGGAGGAAAGGCGCAAAACCAUGGCGGCGCAGGAAGAUCAGGAGAGGCGGACUGCGCAGUACAAAACGCAGCUGGAAAGCGAGUUGUAUCAACACAAACUCGAGGACCAGCAGAAACAGAACGAGCAGUGGCUGGCCCAGCAGCACCAGAAUUUUCUCCGACAGGAGGAGAUCCGCAAAAAAAACGACCAGGAACUGGAGGACAUGCGUUUGCGCAGUAUGGCGGAGCAGGCGAAGUUAGACCGCGAAACCAUGAUGAUGAAGGCCAAGGCCGAGAACGACGCGCGGGCCAAAACGGAGCGCGAGAACAUCGACGUGCGCAUCCGGGAGAUGCGGGCGCAAGCGGGCGAGGAGAGAACCACCCGGUUGGAGGCGAUCGAACGGUACUUUACCGGGUUUUCCGGUUUAUUAUCGGACAAACAGAAAAUUACGACACUUGUCGCGGGCUUGUCUGCUUUAGCACUCGGUGUCUACGCGGCGCGAAACGCCACGCGGGUGACGGCGAACAUCGUGGAGAAAAACAUGGGAAAACCCUCCCUGGUCCGUGACACCAGUCGGUGGACCUGGAAGCAGGGACUGUUGCCGCUCGCGCGUUUCGGCGGCGGGGCGAACAACCAGAAGUUGUUGGACAAGGUAGUUUUGGAGGAAGAUUUGUCGGAGAGGCUGACCUGGAUGACGAAUUCUCUCGUGAACGCGAAAAAGAACGGAACCCCCUUCCGCCACAUGCUGCUGCACGGACCGCCGGGAACCGGUAUAUUAGCAUUGAUUGUACGACGACGAAAUUCAUCAUGGUACAUGUGUGCCUGCUGGAGGAUAGAUCUAGCUUAAAUGCGUUGUGCAUGCCCAAGAACAUUGAACAGUAAUUUUUACGCAUCAAAAUUUCAAUUUGACUCGAAGGGUUAGUUUCUUGUACUAGAAACGCAAGAUCCUCGUCCUGCGAUCAUGAUCUAUCAGGUAAAACUCUGUUCGCCCGCACCCUGGCGAAGCAGUCGGGUCUGGACUACGCCAUCAUGUCGGGUGGUGACAUCGGACCUUUGGGAAAAGACGCGGUGGAGGAGGUGAACAAACUUUUUCAGUGGGCGAACAAGUCCAAGCAGGGCAUGAUUCUUUUCAUCGACGAAGCGGACGCGUUUUUGCGCAAGGGACGCCAGUCCACCGAGGGCAUGUCCGAACACGCGCGCAACGUCUUGUCGACGUUUUUAGCGCACACGGGCACCGAAACGGACAAAUUUGCGGUGGUGCUGGCGACGAACGUGAAGGACGUCCUGGACCGGGCGGUGAUGGAUCGGGUGGACGAAAGCUUUCUGUUCCCGUUGCCCGACUACCCGCAGCGCCUGGAGAUGGUAAAGAUGUUUUUCAACCAGCACAUCUUGGCGCCGACGAAAACCAGUCAGCAGAUUGAGGUAGAAGACGCGGUGAAGUCGGAGGAAUACAUGCAGGAGAUGGCGCGCCGAAUGGAGGGCUUCUCGGGCCGACAGGUGGCCAAGACCAUUCUCGGCCUGCAGUCCGCGGUGUUCGGGUCUGGGACGAACAAAUUGACGAAGGGCCUGGCGGACGCCGUGCUGGACUGGAAGAUCGCCAACAUUGCGGACGAUCAGGACACAAUUGACCGUCUGGAAGCGCAGAAAUUGAAGAGCGAGGCGGUGAAGCUGGGGACGUACUAGGACGAGAGCGGUUUGAAGUAAAACAAGGAGAACAACAAGAAUCAAUGUCACCGAUAGAAGUUUUAACGACCUCGCGAGCGGUUUUGCAUCAAUCGUACGUGUCUCGUCUUCUACCAGCACUUCACGAUAUUGUGGCUGCCCGACCGCCUGAAUUUCACGAAGCCUUUAGUUUGAUUUCACCCAAGUUUACCUAUAAAGGAAGACCACACGUAAAAAGUUCACCCCCCCAAGCGACUGAGAUCACAGAACCAUCUCCCGUACAGUUUAAAGAUUGAUUUGAAAAGACGAAAAUCAAGACUUUUUAGAUACAGUUACUUAUAGCUCUCCUCAAAGAGCUGGAACGACAACACCUGUCAGUACACGAAAACGAGAAUCAAUGCACAACGUGGACAUCUAGCGACAUGAUCACAAGUUCUUCUUUUUAAAUUCUUCUUCACAGUUUUACACAUUCAGGCGAAAAUCCAAUUGCGAAAU